AUGGUCAUUGAGGUUAUCCCCCUGAUCAUGGUGAUUGAGAGUGAUGGAGAUGUAAUUGAUUGCAUCGAUAUUUACGAACAACCUGCUUUCGAUCACCCUCUCCUUAAGAAUCACAUUAUUCAGAGUGAUGGAGAUGUAAUUGAUUGUGUUGAUAUUUACAAACAACCUGCCUUUGAUCAUCCUCUCCUCAAGAAUCACACUAUUCAGUAUGCUGGAAUGUUCGCGAGUAAGAAAGAUUUUUAUGGAGCAAUACAAGCUGUCAGCGCUUGGACUCCUCAAGUUGAAGUUCCUACAGAGUUCAGUGCGGCCUCGACUUGGCUCGUGAAUAACGAAGGCACUGAGACAAAUGUGGUUGGAGCUGGAUGGAUGGUUAAUCCAUCUCUCUUUGGGGACAACCUGACCCGCCUCUUCGUAUCUUGGAAUAAAGUAGGUUCUCAGACAACUGGGUGCUACAACCUUUUCUGUUCAGGUUUUAUUCAAACAGACAAAAACGUAGUCUUGGGGGCCUAUCUCAAACCUAUUACAGUUCCGGGUGGAACUGAGUAUUUCUUGCACUACAACAUUAUCAAGGACAAGAACACCGGGAACUGGUGGUUUUCAGCAGAAAACCUUUCUAUAGGCUACUGGCCGGCAUCCAUGUUCACAAACUUACAGGUAGCCCAGCGGGUCGUGUGGGCGGGGCAAGUUCUGAACACCAAGCCUGGUGGACAUCACACCGCAACAAAGAUGGGGAAUGGCAUUUUCCCUGAUGAGAAACAGGAGGCUGCUAUAUUCAAGGAUUUGGAAGUUGUAGAUGCUGAUGGCAAUGGACAACUUGAUUUAAUCGACAUUCAUGAGGCAGAAUUGAUGGCGGUUAAAGAAGGAUUCCUUAAGCUUCAGGAAGACCAUGUUCGCGUCAUCAUCGAGGGAGAUUCAGCAAACGGUACGGGGGACAUUACAUAUGGUUUUUUGCGCUUAUUUUACUAUCCUUUGGCCUUGGAGUCAAAGGCAGAAGAAUUGGUUUUGGCUAUGAAAAUGCAGUUAAAACCAUCCAUGUAA